AUGGACGAGGUGCACGUGACGUUCAAGUUCAUGCACGAGGAGACGAUGGGGCUCACGACGCCUCUGGCGACGACGGUGCUCGCGCUCAAGGAGGAGAUCGCUGCGUCCACGCACCGCCCGGUCGCGGCCCAGCGCCUCAUCUACAAGGGAAAGCUUCUGCACGACGAGAUGAGUCUCGGUGCUUACCACUUUGUCGACGGCGACACGAUCCACGUCGUGACGGCGCCGCCGCCGGCCGCCGCGCCAAGCCCCCGUGUCUCUAGCCCUCCCAGCCCGACGCCGUCGCCAUCGGACGAAGAAGCCAGUGAGAACGUCGGCCACGAGCGCCCACCGUACGUCUCGAUGCACUUCAUCCAGCUGCCUCUCUCGCCGCAGCCCGCGCCCGCGCCCCCGGACGACGACGCUGCCCUCUUGCACCAAGCACAGCAGUGGCGCGAAGAGACGGCGCGCUUGCCUCGCCCGGCGUUGCACCCGACGCCCUCGUCCCACGCUGCGUUUGUUGAGAGCGCGAUCGAGCUCGGCGAAACGCUUUCGCACGUCUCGGCCCAGCUGCAGCGCCUCGCGUGGGUCGUGAACCAAGCGCCGGACGACAUCGAGUCGGCGCGGCAAAUGGCCUACUUGGCGUCGCUCCUCGAGGCCAUGGGCCCGUACGCGCGGCGCUUGCACACGAGCUUGGCGCAGCCGACCGCCAGCGAGCAGCCGUCGACGUCGCGUCUCAUGGGCAACCUCUUGCGCGUGCUCGGCGGUCUCGACACGACGCGCGAUAAUCCCAACGACGCGUUCUCGCAGCUGCUUUUGAUGCUGCAAGGCGUUCCGUGGUCGUUCACGGCCGAGCACCCGGCCCAGGACGUGGCCAACGUCAUCUGGCAACUGUCGCUGCCCGACGUGACGACGGCCGAGUUGCCGUCGUUGUGGCGGCCGACGUCGGUGCAAGCCGCGCUCCAGCGCACGCUCGACGAGGCCCUUGGCCUUGCGCGCGCCCACGCCACAACCAACGCCAACGAGAUCGACCGGCGCCUCGAUCUCUGGGCGCGCGCGACCGCCGACGAGUACGAAGGCUGGCUUGACGCUGCGAUUGACGCGCCGGACGCGACGAGCCGGCACUGGAAGGGCGCCCACGUCCUCCUCUGGCGCCGCGUUGCUGCGACCGUCGUGCAUGGCACGCCCAUGGACGAUACCGCCUUUCGCGACCUCGCGCUGCCCUUCCUCUCGACGCUCGUGUGGGUGCUCGCAACGUAUGCGCCGCAUUUGCGCGCGCCCUUGGUCGUAAGCCGCCUCCUUGAUGGGGCGCUGGACCGCGCGGUCGCCAGCGACGUCCUUGCGGCGCCGAUGCUGCCGUUCCUGCGGCAACGGGCUCGGAGCUACACGAACACACUCCUCCACCUCGUUGUGGCCCACACCGCGACCGUGGUGCUGGGCGAUGGCCCGCCCGCCGCGGCCUAG